CAGGUGCUGUCAAUUGAGCUCCAUCUUUCUCAGGUUGAUUUAAUCGUGCGACUCUUCACUUGCUUCAAUGGGGCAGAAGAAGAAAUUCUUCGACAAGAAAAAGUCGGCAACUUUUCAAUUACUAGCUCGAGACUCUUCCGACCCGAAUUACAACGACGGGCCCUCCGGCGACCGAGUUUUUGUCAGAGUCGACAACAAUCCUUACUCGAUCAACACUUAUUUCGAUGAUGACAACCUCGAAGUUGUUUCAGGCGACGGCCAAUUCGACGACGAUCCUAAUUCUAUCUUCGCCGACGCACCUGACGAUUACGAUGAUGAAACCAACGGUGGAGAUGGAAUUUCGAGGAAUCGAACUCAAGCGGCGACGUUACCGGAUCAUAUAAGGAGGGAAAUAUUGGAGCUAGGGUUUCCGGACGACGGAUAUAAUUACUUGCUUCAUCUGAGAGAGAUUAAGAAUACCGGUGCUGGUUCACAGUACUAUCAUAACUCUAAGGCAAACCUCGCUCAGCUUCCUCGUGAUGUUAAGGCAUAUGAUGCUUCUAGAUUGGAAAUUUCAGAAGUGAAUGAUGAUUCCUAUGAGAAGUCAAUUUAUAGUGUAGCCUCGAAGGCUGUUGGUGUGAGAGCUCAGAAAGUGGUAGAUCCCGAAGUGGCUGCAUUGCUUGAUGAUAGCGAUUUGUCUCGGUUCGGAUCUGAUGUUGAGGACAUGGAAGAGGAUUUUGUGGUUAAGGCGAACUUUCCUGAAGGACCGGUGGAUGUAGAUUUUGAUAAGAAGUUGAGUUUCGCAGAGACGUCUGAGGGCCACAAAGGAAAAAUCAAUGGAACAAUUACUUCUCAUUCACCAGAAAAUGUUGCCACCUUUUCUGGCGUCAAUGGAGUCAGAAAUGAAGUCUUGCCUGCCGGAGAAGACUGCAUUGAUGAGAAGCCAAGAGUUCGGCGUCUUUUGGAUGAACAGUUUGAUUUGCUUGAACUUCAGGAAUAUGGUACAGACAGUGAAGAUGAAUAUGGUGGUUCUAUAGUGGAAGAAAAUGAAUGUGAUGAAUCACUUGCAGAGAAGCUGAAUCACUCCUUCAAGAAACACGUGGUGGAUAACCUCAAACUUAAUGAAGAAUAUAGAGCUCCUUCAGAUGUCUUGCUUGACACCAAGAAAGCAAACGAUAUAGACUUACUAGAAUCUGCUGCUGAUGUGAUCCAACGAUGUAGGGAAUAUGCUGAAAAGUAUGAAAAUGAUGAUCAAGAUGAAGAUGUGGUUGUUCUACAGGAGAGUAGCGAUGAAUUGGAAGUCUGGGAUUGUGAGACAAUCAUCUCUACAUAUUCAAAUCUUGAUAACCACCCUGGGACGAUUGAAGCUCCAGGAGUAAGGAGGAAGAAGAAGUUGGCUGAAACUGUCUCUGGAGCCUUUGACUCCCCCAGGCAUUUAAUCUCUCUUAAAGGAAAAGAGAAGCUCCCUGUAGAUUUUUUGCCCUGCAGUAGAAAGUCUGUUUCGGAAAAGGUAAAAGACGUGAGUUGUUUGGGAACUGAGCAGCAAAAGAGGAAGCAACAUGGUCAAGAGUCAAAGGAGGAAAAGAAAGAGCGGAAGGCUUCUAUAAAAGAAGAACGGCGUGAGGCUCGGCGUAUUAAGAAAGAAACGAAGGGGUUAUACAGGGGUGAGGCACAGCGCGCUCAGAAAAUUGCUGCGUUCACUGGUCCAUCUUCUAUUCAUCUUAUGUAAUUAUAUUCAGCAAUGAUUUUCAUGACAAAAUGGAACCAGCAACUCUGUAGACUUCAAAAGGUUGCUACUCUAGUUUCAUGGGUUUUUUCAGUUGAUUUAUGGUCAUGCUGACUCUCUCUGUGGACCUGUAUUAGGAGUCUAUUUAAUGCAUGUAUUUAGAAGCUUUGAAUUUCUAUCUCGUUUAAGAUUGCUGUUAAUGUUCGCUUGUGUGUCAAUCACUGCAUCAAUUUAAAGGGCUGGACGCAUAAUCUUACCUUUUAAGCCAGUGAACUACCAGUACCAUUAGUCAACUGAUUUGACUUAUAUUUUCUCUCGCUAAUAUAACAUACCAUGAAUUGAGGAUAAUUUACUUUAUUCCCCAGAAAAGGAAGGUUGUAAGAUGAGGAUGCCACAUUCUAUUACGAAAUAGCUAGUUUCUGAUCAUAUAUGGCUUUCCCAUGCUAACUGUUGAUUUGUAGCAUCUCAUGGAAUUGCUUGAAAUGGAAAGCCCUGAAAUGGAGUGACUUGGCUAGAUGGAGACUAUGGUAUGUUGGAUACUGAUGGGGACACACACACACACAGGGGAACACAGAUUUUUAUCAGCGGAUGAAUAAAUAGAGCUUAUAUCAGAUGAGAGCAGGUAAUUGCAGGUAUUACAUCAGAACAACUAGCUGAAUAUGUGAUUGCCUAAAAGAGUGGAUCGGUGCUGCUCAAGUUCCUACCGCGAGUUUGGAGGUUGAAAGGGUCCGUGUAGAAGAGGCCAGUGGGGCUACUACCCUUGGAUGAGGAAUAGGAGCUGGACCACCUCUACCAGAAUAUGGUGCCGGAUCCCAGAUGACAUAAUCUUCUACUAAAGCAGUAAGUUGAACCUCUCUAUUCACCUGCUGUGGCUGCUGCUUUUGCUCAUGGAAUGGGGUGGAUGUUGGUGGUGGCAAAGGCGAAAUUGAUGGUUUUGAUGAGGAUGGUGAUGCAUUUGCGGCCAUGGGUAUCAUCAUUAUAAUCACCAUCGUCAUGCAUGCCUUGUACAUUACCAACCUCAAACUCAAGGUUGGCAUGUUUUUAAUUUCGUUGAGCUUUCUUUAAUCCCUUCAAAUUGCUUCACUCUUCGUAUCUGUGUCACACGAUAAUUCCACCGAUUUAAAAAUGGGAUUG